UCGAAAUGUUUUUGAACAAAAAUCAUAAUUAAAUCUAGGAAUUGGGGUUAAACAUGGAUAUUGAAGUGGAAUACCUAGAGGUAAACAUGUGUGCCGUAUGUUUAAAUGAAAAGUGUGAUUUAAUUGCUAUUGGUUUCGAUGAAAACCUGGACCCUAACAUAGGUCCUGUUUUGUUGCAGCACCUUUGGUUUCAGCAUAAUGAGCUUCAGUUCAAAUGUGUUUGUGAAGAAUGCUGGGAGCAAGUAAAACUUUUUCAUAUGUUUUAUUUGGCAGUUAGGAAAGCUCAUAAUGAAAAAAGGAUAUCUAUACAAGAAGAUAAAUUCAACAUCGAGCUAGAAGUUGAAACGCAAUUUCCUGCUAAGACGGCGAGUAUAAAAACCGAGCCUUCGGAGAAAGCAGUUGUACGUUCUUUUACAAUUCCUAGUCCUGCGAAGGAGAUGUUUGAAAUCAAUGGUAAAAAUGAUGGUGUUGUUUUAGAAGAAGAACAUCUGGAGUUUUCAGAAUAUCUAUCCUCUGAUACAAUUAUCGAAGGCAGGAUUUCAGAAUCAGGAGACCCGGCAGAUGAAUCUGCAGCUGAAAAUUUCAACGAAGAAUUCGAGUGCAAAUCCAUUAGAAAAACCGGAAAAACAAAGCACAACAACAAAGCUAUCGAAAAAAUCGAAAACGAAGAUUUGAAAAUCGCAGAUCAUUGCAAGUUACAGUGUGAAGAAUGUGCUCUAUGCUUUACCAGAUUUCUAGAGUUUAAGCGACACUUCCGAGAAGUGCAUCAAACACGAGCGUACGUUACAUGCUGCAACCGAAAGUUUAGCAAACGAUUCCGUUUGGUAGAGCAUGUAACGCGACACGUUAAUCCAAAUGCUUUCAAAUGUGUAACCUGCAAUAAAACCUAUUCCAAUAGCGCAGGUUUAAACCUUCACAUGGCGCAGCAUGGUUCUCCCGAAUCAUUUGUGCACAAGUGUAGCAAAUGUGACCGUUCGUUUGCAAAAAAGUUUCAAUUAAAUGCACAUCAGUUACAACACCUAUCUGAUGAAGAUAAAAAGUGCAUCUGCCCAAUAUGCAACAAGCCGUUCGCCAACACUAGUCUGCUAAACGUUCAUAUGCGCUUAAGGCACCAACCUGCAAAAAUGUUAAUUUGUGAUGUUUGCGCAAAAAGUUUCAAAGUUAGCUCGCAAUUCGAGAAACACCGGAAAGAGCAUGAUAUUACCUUUCAACAAGUAAGAAUGCAGUGCAAAAUAUGUUUGAAAUGGAUGAAAAAUGCUAGUAGUCUACGUAAACAUGUACUGCGUCAUGAUGGGGAAGGUAGUACACACGAAUGUGAAAUUUGCGGGAAAAAAGCCCCCAACGUGUUGGCCCUACAAAGUCAUAUUAGUUUCGUUCAUAAAAAAGAAAAACUGUUUCAAUGUAGCCUUUGUACAAAGGCAUUCAAAAGGCAGUUUUCAUUGAUAGAACACAUGGCGACCCAUACGGGAGAAGUGUUAUAUCAGUGUCCAUUUUGUGCGAAAACAUUCAACUCUUCAGCAAACAUGCAUGCGCACAAGAAAAAAGCACAUCCGCAUGAAUGGGAGGAAUUGAAACGAAAAAGUCAACUGCCAUUUAUUGGGGAAAAUGAAGCAAUUACUAAAGCGGAGAUUAACAGCUAAGCCUGUUGGUUUUGAGAAAGAGUAGAACCAUUUCACAUUAAGAUCAUACAAUGUUAAA